AUGCUGCAGCAAAUUUUGCGUGAUAUGUAUAUCGACCCUGAGCUCCUGGCAGAGCUGAAUGAAGAGCAAAAGCAAAUCUUGUUCUACAAGAUGAGAGAAGAGCAGCUGAGGCGCUGGAAGGAGAGGGAAGAGAAAGCACGAAUGGAGGAGGCUAUGCUGACAAAAACAGCAAGGCGAAAACAAAGUAAUGGCAAACACGUGCAGUGGCUGCGUGGGAAGGAUGGUGAGGUCUGGGUCUGGGUUAUGGGAGAAGCCCCAGAUGACAAGCCGUAUGAACAGAUAUCAGAGGAGCUAAUAGCUGAACGCGCCAGGCAACAAGCACAGAAGGAGGCAGAAGAGCUAUGGAGACAAAAAGAAGCUGAAAUUACAAAGAAAUUCCGGGAUGCUAUGGCUCAAGAAAAAGCCAGAAUAGUAGCAGAAAAAUGGAAAAUAGAAAUGGAAGAUCGAAAAGCAGCAAAAUUGGAGGAGGAAAAGAUUCAGGAGGAUCUGAAGAAAAGAGAAGAAGAGGAAAGACAAAAGGGUGAAGAACAAAUAAGGCAGCAGGAGGAAAUCCGAGCAAAAGAGCUGUAUUUGAGUCUCAAGCAAGCUCAGCAGCACAGUCAGCACAGCGAUGAUGACCAGGAGUGGGAAGAACAGUUGCGCCGCUCCAAAGCUGCGGAUGAGGAAAGGAGCCACAAAGCACGCAGAGCACGGGACGAGUACCGGCGGCAAUCCUUGCGGGCCAUCCAGAAGGGCAGAGUGGCUGAUCUGAGUAAUUUGUUCCAGGGAACCAGCCUGAAUAAUGAUCAGGAGGCAAAACUGAACAGCAACAGUGCGAGUCCUUUGCUGUCUCGUGCUGUGACAUCCAGUAAAAUCUGGGAACGUCCUUCUAGACCCUUUUCAAGAGAAGUCAUCAUUCGCUGGUUCAAAGAAGAGCAGGUCCCUCGACGUGCUGGGUUUGAGAGGAACACCAACAGGAUUGCUCAGUGGUUUCAUGGUAUUAUUAGCCGCCAGGAGGCAGAAGAGCUGCUGAUGAAUAAAUCUGAAGGAACAUUCCUGGUGCGAGUCAGUGAGAAAAUCUGGGGCUACGCAUUGUCUUAUCGCCAACAAAGUGGGUUCAAACACUUCUUGGUUGAUGCUUCGGGGGAUUUCUACAGCUUCUUGGGGGUAGAUCCAAACCGACAUGCAACACUGACAGACCUUAUUGAUUUUCACAAGGAAGAAAUCAUCACAUCCUCAGGUGGGGAGCUGCUACUGGAGCCAUGCGGACAGCAGAAGAAUCCACCAGACUACACCCCUUUAUUUGAGUAACCAGGACUCAUUGGAAUGUGUUCUGGGUAGCUGCAGUAACAAUAGAUAGCCACAAAAGUAAACACCAAAAAGUAAUUAACAGACUUCAUAAGCCACUGGUCUUGUGGCCAAAGAGUGUCCUCAUUAGAAGACCCCAAAUGUGUCUGGUUCACAUGUGAUUUAUCAAGAUUAUUCAUAUUGCAAGCUUUUUAAAGAUGAAAAACUACUGACGGAUUACAGAUGAGGACUAUUUCCAGAAAUUUUUAAAAGGUUGUGGCCAAUUGUAGUGAAAGCUAAGUUGCUGUCCUAAUUUUCCUGACAUUUAAGAUUGAAAAUGCAAAAUCAUGUACUUCUAACAGAUUGAAGUAUGGUUGGGAACUAUUCGUUGAGCCUUGUGUAAUGCACCAGUAUUGCUGAUCAAGCUCUUUUUUCCAAAGCAAAAUUGUCAGGUUCUAUGGAUGAUCUCUUCACUCAGUUGUGCACUUUCGGAAGCAAGCGAUGCAGUCUUAAAAUCUCCUUUUCCAGUUUGUGAUUGCUCAAAUGACUAGAUAUAGCUGGAGUCUUUGUAUCCUGCUUUUCAAUACAGACUGGCAAAGUUCACUGCAGCAGAGACGAUCGGGACAGUCAUUCUCAUUCUGUUUACAAUUACAUGCAGUUGAGCUGCCCCAGAAGGAAUUCUCCAGUACAAAAAAACGGUCAGUUCGAAUAAACUUGUUAUUCUGGUAACCACUGUUUGAUUUGUA